AUGCGUGGAUACGCGGAAGUGAGAUUUGUUAACCAGGUGUUAGCGAAGGACAAGAACGCUAAUCCUGAUCCUGCCUGCCUGUUGGUGGACUUAGGGAACGGAGCUGAUCUCAAAGUCGAGCGCAAUGAACAAGUCCUGAAAGAACGAACUGGGACUCCCAAAUUUAUUGCACGUUCCAUUUCGUGCGGAAGUUUGCUUCCCAGAGGGGACGAUGAUGAACAGAUGCCACCACUAGUCGAAUCGAUACUGAAUCAAAGUAAAUUCAUGCACACUACUGAGUAUCAGGUCCUCAAUAAUAUAACCUGGGUACUCAACCUCACAUCGAAUUUGCGCAUCGACUUUUCCACGACGCAGAAUCAACGUUUUGGGUUAUUGCUUGGACACUUGCUCGGUCUAUCAAAGAAGGGCACACACUGGAGCCCACACCCACCCAGAAUUCCGCCGCUUCUUUCACACCAUGCAAAGACACUUUCCGACCCCCAAUGA